ACGUGUGACCGAAUCAAGCAGUCGGCCAGCGGGACCAAGCGUCGGGUGUUCAUCAUUGAGACCAUGGGCGGCUACUGCGGCUACCUGGCCAACAUGGGGGGGCUGGCAGCCGGAGCUGAUGCCGCCUACAUUUUUGAAGAGCCCUUUGAUAUCAGAGAUCUGCAGUCCAACGUGGAGCACCUGACAGAGAAAAUGAAGACUACCAUCCAGAGGGGCCUCGUACUCAGAAAUGAAAGCUGCAGUGUGAAUUACACCACUGACUUCAUCUACCAGCUAUACUCAGAGGAGGGCAAAGGCGUGUUUGACUGCAGGAAGAACGUCCUGGGCCACAUGCAGCAGGGGGGAGCACCUUCUCCAUUUGAUAGAAACUUUGGAACCAAAAUCUCUGCAAAAGCUAUGGAGUGGAUCACCGGGAAACUGAAGGGAUCCCUGGGCGCAGGGAAAAAAUUUGUUAAUGACGAUUCCAUUUGUGUCCUGGGAAUAAGCAAAAGAGACCUCCUUUUUCAACCAGUGGCAGAAUUGAGGAAGGAAACAGAUUUUGAGCACCGGAUUCCCAAACACCAGUGGUGGCUGAAACUUCGGCCUCUCAUGAAGAUCUUGGCCAAGUAUAAGGCGAGCUACGACGUGUCUGACUCUGGCAAGCUAGAGCCCUUGGUACGCCACCACCAACACCACCAUACCCCCCACGGGGAGCCUGCAGCCAUCUGAAAGCAGCAUGCCAUCGGUGGACCUACACACUCAUCUAGAGAGGCCUGGAACUUUCCAGGGACCAUCUUCUUUUGUAACAUUUAAAUUAUUUAUCUGCACUUUAUGCCAAGUAUUGUUGACCAAGUAUCGUUGACCGUAAUACAUAACCAGAGAGAAUGCCACUUGCUGUCAUCACUGACCCCAGUCAGACCUUGAGAUGCCCCAGCCUCAUGUACUUGACCCAGCAUCAGUUUUCUACGGUGCCCUGUACCAUCUUACGCUUUCAUGUGUCUAUCUAGUGGAAUUAAACAUUUGGUUACAACUCC